AUGUCAGCCCCUCGCGCCAUCCGCAAAGUCUUCCUCGCCAUUGAACAAGCCGAAGGCGCCGGCGCCCGUGUCCGCCGCUCAAUUGGCACGCCCCAACUCCGCAACUUCUCGCCCUUCCUAAUGCUCGACCACUUCAGCAUCAAGCCCGGCGCCGGGUUUCCCGACCACCCGCACCGGGGGCAAGAAACCAUCACGUACCUGCUCAGCGGGGGCGUGGACCACGAGGACUUCGCCGGCAACGCGGGCACCAUCGAGGCGGGCGACCUACAAUUCAUGACGGCGGGCAAAGGGAUCAUGCACGCCGAGAUGCCGCGGCAGAACCCCGACGGCAGCGCCAAUGUGGGAUUGCAGCUGUGGGUUGAUCUGCCGACCGAAUUGAAGAAGUGCGAGCCAAGGUAUCGCGAUUUGAGGGCCAAGGAGAUACCACAGGUCGAUGUCGAUGGGGAUAAGGUGCACGUCAAGAUUAUUUCGGGCAACGCGGCCGGCGUGGAUAGCGUGAAGGAUCUGGCGUAUACGCCUGUGUGGAUUCUGGAUAUUGAGAUUAAGCCCGGCGGCAAGAUCGCGCAGCCUCUACCGAAGGGGUGGAAUGCCUUUGCGUAUAUGUUGGAGGGCGCGGCUGAAUUUGGGGUUGGCGAGGGGCAGACGCACGCCGAUCAGUAUAACAACGUCGUGUUUGACCGCGAGGGCGACGUGGUGCACGCGACGGUGCCUGGGAUUGCGAAGAACGGUGCUAGGUUCGUGCUCAUUGCUGGCCAGGUGUUGGAUCAGCCUGUGGUGCAGUACGGGCCUUUCGUGUUGAGCAGCAAGGAGGAGGUAUACCAGGCUCUAAUGGAUUACCAGACUCAUUCCAAUGGGUUUGAGAGGGCCGACGGCUGGAAGAGUGAGAUUGGGAAGUCCAUGGUUCACUAG